AUGGACAGCGGUGACCAAGGAUCGUCCAAGGGCAAGUCGCCCGACCAUUCCGACACCAAUGGAGGCUUCCGCCCUCAGGCCAACAUGGCUGCUGUUCAACCUCCCAAGCCAGAGGAUCUGCAACAGAGCUACGCUAGCAUUGUGGGCAACGAUGCUAAUCCGAAGGGAUGGUACGGAACUAUGAUAAAUGGCAUGGGCGCCAUCAUCGGAACUCUGGGCGCGAUCCCCUGCUGCAUCUGCUGCCCGAACCCCUACAAGAACGUGAACCAGGGCAACGUUGGUCUGGUCACCAAGUUUGGCAAAUUCUACAAGGCCGUCGACCCGGGUCUUGUCAAGAUCAACCCCCUUAGCGAGACCUUGAUUCAGGUGGACGUCAAGAUCCAAAUCGUCGAGGUCCCGAUGCAGGUGUGCAUGACCAAGGACAACGUCUCGCUGCAGCUCACAUCAGUCCUUUACUAUCACAUCGUCUCACCGCACAAGGCCGCCUUCGGCAUCUCCAACGUCCGCCAAGCGCUCGUCGAGCGGACCCAAACCACCCUCCGCCAAGUCGUCGGCGCGCGCGUGCUGCAGGAGGUCAUUGAGCGCCGCGAGGAGGUGGCGCAGAGCAUCGCCGAGAUCAUUGAGGACGUCGCGGCAGGCUGGGGCGUGCAGGUCGAGAGCAUGCUCAUCAAGGAUAUUAUCUUCAGCCAAGAACUGCAGGAGUCCCUGUCCAUGGCCGCGCAGAGCAAGCGUAUCGGAGAGAGCAAGAUCAUCGCCGCCAAGGCUGAGGUGGAAUCGGCCAAACUCAUGCGCCAAGCAGCAGACAUCCUCUCGUCUGCGCCGGCCAUGCAGAUCCGCUACCUCGAGGCCAUGCAAGCCAUGGCCAAGAGCGCCAACAGCAAGGUCAUCUUCCUGCCCGCCGCCAACCAGACGAUGCCCGGUCCAGCGGCGUUCCAGGCGGCUCUUGCCAACGGCGGCAACCCGUUCGAGGAAGGGGGCAGCAGCUCCAACGCCAGGACUGACUUUGGGAGCACCGACCCGACUUUUCAGCAGGCCAUGAACGCCCGCGUGAUUGAGAACAUCUAA